CACAAAAUCCCGGACCUAAAAAAUUCGCCUGCGAUUGUUCGUUCACUUUGUUGAUCUUCAAAGUCUCUAGGAAUAUGCACAGAACUAGACUACAGAUCCUUUCUUCUGGCACCCAAUUUUUUUAACAGCCACGCCCAUUUUGAGGCAGACAAGCGCCUCGCACUCAGGCCCUCUUGCACUCUAAGAGGGCGCGCAAGAGGGCCUGGGUAACGAGGCUACAGAAAUAGUUGUAUCGGUUGCAAUUGCCUCUAGUGCCUAGUUACGCCACUGCUGAAAAGAGAAAAAAGAAAAUUUAAAAAACAUAUCUAGACGCAGCGACAAAGUGAUGUUAAAACUUGAAGUAAAAAUUCUAUCUACGCAACAGUUACAGAAAUCCUACAGGUACAGUACACGUGUACAAAUACUUGUACACGUACUGUCAGUGUGAUUGCGUACUAAACUACAAGAUAGGACAAUCAUUUUGGCGCGAAAUGAAAUAAAGCUCCCGGAUGCUCUUGGCGCAACUUAUCAAUCAUGCAAGCCAGUUCUCGAGAGGAUGAACCCAGAAGGUCUCGACGAAGCAAAAUAAAUUCAGCCAAAGUCGCUGCUCUGGACAAGAUUAGGCAAGCGAAAUCUGGUAUUCGGCCAGAGUACAAGCCGAAGGAAGUAGAAGACGUGUACGAGCUAGUUGACGAUGAUGAGUAUGGUGACAUUGUCACUCGUCGCAGAGAAGAGGACUUUGUGAUAGACGACGAUGGAACUGGGUAUGCUGAUGAUGGACGUGAGAUAUUUGAUGACGAUUUAGAGCAGCCCAUGCAAGCAGCCAAGCGAGCAAAACUGGAUGAGAAGAAGAAGAAGAAAUCGAAUGUUCAGCGAAUGACAACCCAGCCAAAGAACAUCAAGAGCAUGCUUCUAACUGUUGGUCCAAAGAAACAAGCAAAAGAGGAGUCAUUGUCUCUCGGUGAUGAUGGAAUUUUAGACGACAUCUUGAAUGACUUGAAUCACACUCCGGUGCCUUUGCCUGGGAAAAGGAAGAAUAAAGGAUUGAAGAGUCAUGGCCUCAAGAAGUCUACACCACUGCAUACACCACUUGUAUCACAACAAAGAGCGUAUUCUCCUCUUUAUCAACAGAAGCCUGAAGAUCUGCCAGAAGACACGACAUGUUCAACACCAAAGCAAAGUGCAAAUUUUAGAGAAAGCAGCAGCAAGAGGAUUGAAUUUUUUCAAUCGAAAUCUGAAAGUCGUGGUGCAGUCAAACAUGGAAGUGAUGAUAUGCAGAGACGUGAUGAUAUUGACAGACUUGAAAAGGAGAGUGAAGGGCAUAUGGACAAUGAAGUCACAGAUAUGGACAUUAGUGACAUGCAGGCUGACAUCGAAGGCAGUGGAUGGGAUGACCUAAAUGAUGACAAUUUUGUGAAUCCUAAUAUACAUCAGGAGGCUGCCAUCAGUCACUCAACUGCCACAUCUGGACAGAAAGUCCGGGAACCAGUUGUUGUGCUAGACCUGCUAGACUCAGUCGGAUGGGAAACUGUGCGUGACCAGCUUUCUUCAUCAAAACAAGAGCUAGUUACAGCUCCCGAUAUUGACACUUCAUCUUUGCCUUUACAAGACAUUGACGGUAGUGAAGUUCUUCAGUUCUAUUGGCUUGAUGCACAUGAAGAGGCAAAACAGCCAGGAACUGUUUACUUGUUUGGAAAAGUUUGGAUUGAGUCAGCAAAGACUCAUGUCAGCUGUUGCGUUGUUGUACAAAACAUUCCUCGGCAGAUGUACUUCCUUCCAAGAGAAAAGGCAAGUGCAUGUUAUUUGUGCGUAGAUGCUGACAUUCAGUUUGGUAUUUUGCAGGUUCUUAACUCUUUGGGAAAGGCAACAGAUGAAGAUGUAUCAAUAAUGGAUGUUUACAAAGAAUUUGAUGAGAAAGUUGCCAGCCGGUUCAAGAUCAUGAAAUUUACCUCAAAGCGUGUUUCAAAAAACUACUGCUUUGAUGUACCGGGAGUGCCCAAGUUUUCUGAGUAUCUUGAAGUCAAAUAUUCUGCUGACUACCCUCCGCUUCCUUCGGAUAUGAGUGGCAACACCUUCUGUCAUGUGUUUGGAACCAAUACAUCAAGUCUUGAAUUGUUGAUAAUCCAACAGAGACUGAAAGGCCCUAGCUGGCUGCACAUCAAGAAUCCUAGACCACUUUCCCAGUCAAUCAGUUGGUGCAAAGUGGAAGUUGAGUUGGAUAAACCAGACUUAAUCGAAGUAGCUCCAAAGCAAGAACCACCACCACCACUGGUUGUGAUGAGCAUUGCCAUGAAAACCAUAUUGAAUUCAAAGACACAUACACACGAGAUCGUUGCAAUUGGUUCGUUGAUAAACUCUGCUGUUCAUAUUGACAAAGCAGCUCCUAAACAUCAUUUUCAGAGCCAUGUGGCUUGUGUGCGAAAGCUGAAUGAUCAACUGUUUCCACACGACUUCACUUCUCAAGUCAAGAAUUAUCACACCAAGAUAGAAGUGACAUCUUCAGAGCGAGCAAUGCUAGCAUUUUUUGUUGCUAAAAUUCAUAAAAUUGAUCCUGACCUUAUCAUUGGUCACGACAUGGUUGGUUUUGAGUUGGAUGUUCUAUUACAUCGACUUGCACAUGAAAAAGUUCCUCACUGGUCUCGUGUUGGUCGUUUGAGACGAUCAAUCAUGCCUCGUUUGUCAGGACCAGGUGGAUUUGGUGUGAGUACUGGUGAAAGAAUUGCAAUGGCAGGACGCAUGAUGUGUGAUGUGAAACUGUCAUCAAAGGAGCUGAUAAGAUGUUCUAGUUAUGAUCUGACAGCAUUGACUCAAGUUGUGUUGAAACGCAAGCGUGUAGCUAUUGACAAUGAAGAUUUACAAAAAAUGUUUGGACAAUCACCAGAUCUGUUAAAGUUACUUGAUCACACGCUGAAUGAUGCCUCACUGUGUUAUGGCAUCAUGUUUGAGUUGAACGUCUUGCCACUUGCUGUACAAAUAACCAACAUCUGUGGCAACAUUUUGACAAGAACUCUUUUGGGUGGGAGGUCUGAGAGAAAUGAGUUUCUUCUUCUUCAUGCGUUUCAUGAAAAGAAUUACAUUUGUCCAGACAAAUCAUGGAGUGCCAACAAGACAUCUGCACCUGCGGAUCCUGUUGACCCUAACGAUGACACAAUAAAGACAGGGUCAAAGAAAGGCAAACGAAAAUCAAAGUACACUGGAGGACUGGUUUUAGAACCAAAAAAGGGAUUAUAUGAUCGUUUCAUUCUGCUCCUUGACUUCAACAGUCUUUACCCAUCCAUCAUUCAGGAAUACAACAUUUGCUUUACAACAAUUGACAGAAGCAAACACAGUUACAGUACCAAUGAUCUAGGGGAAGAUGAAGAAAUGCUAGUUGAUCUUCCAGAUUCCAGUGUUGAUCAGGGAGUCUUGCCAACUCAGAUCAGGGCUUUAGUUGAAAGAAGAAGAGAGGUGAAGAAACUAAUGAAAUCAGUGGACAGAGAUGAUGAGCAAUACCUGCAAUUUAAUAUCCGUCAGCAAGCUCUCAAACUGACUGCCAACAGCAUGUAUGGAUGUCUUGGAUUUUCCCAUUCUCGUUUUUAUGCUAAACCACUGGCUGCUUUGGUGACAGGGAAAGGUCGGGAGAUUCUGCUGAAAACAAAAGACCUUGCGCAGACAUUGAAUUUGGAAGUCAUCUAUGGAGAUACCGACUCAAUCAUGAUUAAUACAAACUGCACAGACCUACAGCAAGUCUAUCAAAUAGGACAGAGGAUCCAAGCAGAAGUGAACAAAUUGUACAGGCAGGUAGAAAUUGGUAUUGAUGGAAUUUUCAGGUCAAUGUUACUGCUGAAGAAAAAAAAGUAUGCAGCUGUUGUAUUACAAGUGAACAGUGAUGGAUCGACUAGUCAUGUGAAGGAAAUGAAGGGCUUGGACAUUGUUCGGAGAGAUUGGUGUGGACUAGCCAAAGACGCUGGAGAGUAUGUAAUUGGAGAGAUUUUGUCUGUUCAAUCUCGAGACAUCAUUGUUGAAAAUAUUCACACAAGACUUCGAGAUAUCAAGCAGAACGUGGAAAAUGAUCAGGUUCCACUGGAGAAGUUUGUGAUAACAAAAUCAUUGACAAAAAAUCCAGACGACUACCCUGACAAGAACAGCUUGCCACAUGUGCAGGUUGCCGUAAGGUUGAAAUCGAAAGGAAGGCACUUUAGAAGUGGAGACACAGUCCCAUACAUUAUUUGUUUGGACGGCUCUAAUCAAUCAGCCACACUUCGAGGCUAUCACCCAGAUGAACUAAGGCGUUCUGACACAUUGAAAAUUGACUAUAACUAUUAUCUGCAGCAGCAGGUACAUCCUGUUGUAUCACGUCUUUGUGAUCCAAUUUCUGGAACUGAUGGAGCACUGAUAGCAGAUUGUCUUGGUUUGGACUCGUCGUCAUAUCAACAUUCAUAUAAUAAUGACGAUGAAGGAACAGAUGCUCUGCUGGGAAGCACAACUCAAAUGACUAUGGAGGAAAAAUUCAAGGAUGCAGCAAGACUUGUUUUGACAUGCACAGCUGACAAUUGUGGAGCUACAGCUGAGUAUGAAGGAGUAGUGAAGGCAAGUGGCUCAAGCUUUGUGUGUGGUCUUGUAUGUCCAGUGUGUACAGCACAGUACAGUACACCAGCAAUUCGGAAUAGACUCACAUUGCUGAUGAGAGAGCAUAUCACCAGAUACUAUCAGGGCUGGAUGGUAAGUGAAGACCAUUUACUGGAAACCAGGACAAGGCGAGUGGAGCUUCAUAAACCUCGAGGUUCAAUGAAGCAAGAGUAUUCAGAAUCUGCACUUUACACUCAACUUAGAUACUAUCAGUAUCUGUUUGAUUACAAUGAGGCUCUGUCCGAAGAUGCUAACAAGCAUGGCAAAAUGAGAGCUAUUCGAGGUUUUAAAGAUGACUUUAAUGCCAUACAUGCCACCAUUACAGAGCAACUGAAACAGAGUGGUUUUGCAAUGGUAAAUUUGAAAAAGCUUUUUGAAGGACUGAAGACCUCACGAUAACAAAAAACACUAGAGAUACAUGUACCCCAAGUAGUUUUAUGUCAAACUAGUCAUUAGUGACUUUUCGGAAGUAGACACAAUGCUGUUUUAUAUGCUAAAUGUAGUGUUAUAUAUGUAUCGUGGGAAAUGGAACAAACCUGAAUCCAGUGUCUAUUGGGUAGAAUCU